AGCAAAUACGGAGACUGGUUUUCUGCCCACAGGCCUACCUGGUAGUGAGCCAAGAGCCACGGGGCGGGGAUGGAGGAGCACCAACUCCAGCCUCAGCUGUGUUCUGUCUCCUUUCCCAUGCCGUGUCACCCCCAGCUUCUGGGAGGCCUGGGGUGGGAUAUAAGGACCUCUAGGAGGACAAAGGUGUCCACAGGACAACAUGGAGAUCCAGGACACCCUGGGUGAACAGAACUCAACUCUGGGCUCAGAAGCUAAGACUAGGCCUUUGAAAUACCUCAUUGCGUUCCCCUGUGGGCUUCAGCGGUGGGGGGAGAUGCAGCAAGCUCAGAGACCAGUGCUGAAGCCCAGGAGGACCUGUAUAUAACAUGAAUCUGGAUGUCUAGAUUUUCUGCCUUCCCCCUUCCUCCCAGCUCAGCAAGCAAGUGUUUGGGCACCCUGCCCUUUCCCUGGGGUCUAAAAACUACUGGAUAUGUGGAGGGUAGGGAUGGGACAGGGGUAAGGGACUGGGGAUAAUUUUUUUAUGGGAUUUGGGCAUAGGGAUAGGGUACAAUGAAGGCCAAGAGCAUCAAAGACAGAGAGAGAGAGUUAGAACUCAAACCUCUUAUGUGCACUUUAAAAAUAGACUUGAGGGGUUAGCACAAAUCUGAUCAGAGACACACGUCCAUAUACAGGUGAAACACAGACUCAACCUGCAAUUACGCAGCUCUACGGUCACAUUUAAUCUGACGCGAUCUCUGUCUUCCGUGAGGUCACAUAUCGGAAGAACUUAGUGGCCUCAGGGAAGAGUUCCAAUCCUGAGGGGCCCCAGGACAUUUCCACGGUGCCCCAGUCCACCAACCUCAGGCCGGGGGUGGGUGGGGCCAAACUCUAUCCCAGCUCUAGCCGUCUUCUAUCACAAGAAACCAUGAGAGAAACAGGGGUGGCUGGACACUGGUCAGCCAGAGGGCCAAGGACAGACCCUCAGAGGAUUGUCUUGACCCUGCCCUCCAGCCCUGCUGUCGUCAUGGAGAAGGGAAGCAGCUGCAAAGCCACCACUCUGUGGCUGGGGACUCCCAACUCCAGUGGGGAGACAGAGACACAGGAACAGGGCAGAGACCUGUUCUUCAGCCGCAAUCUUGCCCCAGAACUUCUCUUGGCUUUAUAAAUAGCUGUGAGCCCUCCUCUGAGGGAUAAAGAGCAGGUGAUCGGGGGGGGGGGGUCCUCUCAGGGGAGGGCUUUAGUUGGGUAAACAUAAACCCCAAAUUGUGCCAUUCUUUAUAAAAUGAUUUUAAAGGCAAGAGGUGUGUGUGUCGGGGGUGAGGGGGGCUUUGAAUAUGGUUACCUACCUGCUGCUGUCUGGUCUCAUUCUUGUAUGGGGACCCAGGUUUCCAGCCCAGCAAUCCACGGGCAUUGUAAGGAUUCUAGCCCCCUGAGCAGUCCCCCAGGGAGGCUUGGGAGCUGUUGCUCAGGAACCCCCACCGAAAGAGUCGCAGAACGUGCUCCACAGCAGACGUUCUGGACUGAGAACUUUCCCCACAAAUGAUACCCACAGGGGACAUUUAGAUUGAGAGGUUACACAGAAUUGCCCCACGUCUGGGAGACUGAAGACAGCCUAAGGAAGGUGCUUGGCUCCAGAGCUCCCCAGAGGGAAUCAAGAUGUCCGAGAGACCCUUGUGAGCUGCCCAGCUGCUUCUACUGCCCAACCCCUCCGGGCUCCAGAGCCUCCCUCUGUGCUCCCUCCCCCUCAUUCACCCUCCUAUAGUGGUGCUUGCUGCAGCCCUCCCUGGUUGCUUUAUUUAUUUAUUUUGCACCAACAGGGUUGCUGCAGACUCAUUCUCGCCUGGUUUAAAAAGCGAGAGAGGAAAAAAAAAAAAAAAGGAGAAAUGCUUUCUGGCUCUUUUCUCUACCUCGGUCUUGGCAGCAGCGGCCGCAGCAGCAACAGCAGCAGUGGCGGGCAGCCGGGCAGCCGGGCAGUGGGGAGCGAGGCACACUGGGGAGGUGUGGGGGCCAAGGUGCAGCUCAAAUGGGACGGGCCCCCAGCCCUGGACAGAUGCAGUGCCCAACUUGAUGCCACCCUCCAGCUUCUCCGGAUUGAAGAGGGGAUGGCUGCGGCCACAGCUCCAAAGCAAGCCUGGCCCCCGUGGUCCCUCCUCCUUUUCCUGCUCCUCCUGCCUGGAGGGAGCAGUGGUGGCUGCCCUGCUGUGUGCGACUGCACCUCCCAGCCCCGGGCAGUGCUCUGCGCCUACCGGCAGCUGGAGGCUGUACCUGGGGGACUCCCGCUAGAUACCGAACUCCUGGACCUGAGUGGGAAUCGCCUGUGGGGGCUUCAGCAGGGAAUGUUCUCCCGCCUGGGCCUGCUCCGGGAACUGGAUCUCAGCUACAACCAGCUGUCCACCCUUGAGCCUGGGGCCUUUCGUGGCCUACAAAGCCUACUCACCCUGAGGCUGCAGGGCAAUCGGCUGAGAAUCAUGGGGCCAGGGGUCUUCUCGGGCCUGUCUGCCCUCAUGCUGCUGGACCUCCGCCUCAACCAGAUUGUCCUCUUCCUCGAUGGAGCUUUUGGGGAGCUGGGCAGCCUCCAGCAGCUGGAGGUUGGGGACAACCACCUGGUGUUUGUGGCUCCAGGAGCCUUUGCAGGGCUGGCCAAGCUGAGCACGCUCACUCUGGAGCGCUGCAACCUCAGCACGGUACCCGGCCUGGCCCUGGCUCAUCUCCCGGCACUAGUGGCCCUAAGGCUUCGAGAACUGGAUAUUGGGAGACUACCGGCAGGGGCGCUACGGGGGCUGCGGAAGCUAAAGGAGCUGGAGAUCCACCACUGGCCAUCUCUGGAGGCCCUGGAGCCUGGGAGCCUGCUUGGGCUCAAUCUCAGCAGUCUGGCCAUCACUCGCUGCAAUCUGAGCUCGGUGCCCUUUCAAGCGCUGCACCACCUGAGCUUCCUCAGGGUCCUGGAUCUGUCUCAGAACCCCAUUUCAUCCAUCCCAGCCCGAAGGCUCAGUCCCUUGGUGCGGCUCCAGGAACUACGUCUGUCGGGGGCAUGCCUAACCUCCAUCGCUGCCCAUGCCUUCCAGGGCUUGACUGCCUUCCACCUCCUGGAUGUGGCGGAUAAUGCCCUUCAGACACUAGAGGAAACAGCCUUCCCUUCUCCAGACAAACUGGUCACCCUGAGGCUGUCUGGCAACCCCCUGACCUGUGACUGCCGCCUCCUCUGGCUCCUCCGGCUCCGCCGCCGCCUGGACUUUGGCACGUCCCCCCCUGCCUGUGCUGGCCCGCAGCAUGUCCAGGGGAAGAGCCUGAGGGAGUUUUCAGACAUCUUACCUCCAGGGCACUUCACUUGCCAACCAGCCAUGAUCCGAAAGUCUGGGCCCCGCUGGGUUGUUGCAGAGGAGGGGGGGCAUGCUGUUUUCUCCUGCUCUGGAGAUGGAGACCCAGCCCCGACCGUCUCCUGGAUGAGGCCUCAGGGGGCUUGGCUGGGAAGGGCUGGGAGAGUAAGGGUUCUAGAGGACGGGACGCUGGAGAUCCGCUCAGUGCAGCUACGGGAUAGAGGGGCCUAUGUCUGUGUGGUCAGCAAUGUGGCUGGGAAUGACUCCCUGAGGACCUGGCUGGAAGUGAUCCAAAUUGAACCACCAAAUGGCUCUUUCUCUGACCCCAACAUCACGAUGCCAGGGAUCCCAGGGCCUUUCUUCCUAGAUAGCAGAGGCAUAGCUAUGGUGCUGGCAGUUGGCUUCCUCCCCUUCCUCACCUCAGUGACCCUCUGCUUUGGCCUCAUUGCCCUCUGGAGCAAGGGCAAAGGCCGGGUCAAACAUCACACAACCUUUGACUUUGUGGCACCUCGGCCUUCUGGGGAUAAGAACUCUGGGGGCAACCGAGUCACUGCCAAGCUCUUCUGACCUUUCCUUCCACACUGUGGACCCAGCCAAGCCAGCUUCAGAUCCAAAAGAGGAAGGGAACCAAGACCACUUGGACCAGAACCUAGUCCCAAGCAGCACAGAUCUCCCACACCUCCCACCUGCAUCGUGCCAGGAGCUAAUGAUGCCUCCUGAUAGAGUCUGCCCCCUUGUGCUUUUGCCAUUUGAGGAUAAGCAUUGUCACCUCCUCCCUGAGAGUCCCGGAGAGCGGGGACAUAGACCCCGUAGUAAGCCCAGCCCUCCCCAACCACACACAAACCAGGAAACAUAACCAAGGCUCCAGUCUUCUAGUCUAACCACCAGGCUUUCUUUGCACACACUUAUACCUUUUUAAUAACCAAUACCAAUUGCCAACCACAACUAUAAGAUUAUUUCAGAGAUGGGGCUUGGAUGUGCCACUUGCUUCUUGGAGUCUCUGAUCCUCAACCAGGGGGUCUCCCUCUCUUUUCUGCUCUGUCCCCUCCCAAGGUGCAAGGAACUAGGGCAGAGGACUUCAGGCUAAGGAGAAAAGGAUGCGAGUGUGGGUUGGGGGAGAAGAGACUACACACUGGCACUGUGUCUGCAUGAGCCUCCACUACCGGCCUCAGUCUGUCAUAUCAUUAAACCUGCUGCCAAAAGGCCAUGACAGUAGCAGCCAAAACUAAACAUGAUCUCAAGUUUUCUUCAGUCUCUUUCCACCCCUUGUUUCCAUCAAAUCUCCUUCUUUGCACCCUUUCUGCCUUUAUGCCAUUGAGUCUGUAUCCCAGUGGCCUCUCUGAACCUACUGCAGCCUCACAAACAGGGGUUUAUGCAAAAGGCAGUCCACCAGGCCUGGAGAGAUCAGCACUGCCAGCCCAUUUCACUUUCAACCUUUGCCCUGCACUCUCCAUCUCUGGAGAUGGAGGAGAGAUCUUCCGCCUUCUAAUGGAUCCCUCUACAGAAAUUCCAGCCCAGGACACCCAGCUCCUUCCCUUCUUUCUCAUUCUUCCUUCCUUCUCAUUCUUGUUGGGAUCUCCCUACCAUUCCUGUGUCACAGAUUCCUAGUGCUCUUGAGGGAAAGCAAGAAGGGAACUCCUGGAAAAUGACUAACAAAACCAAGAAUCUGCAGUUGUCAAAGGAGAGAGACCCAGAACACAGCAGGACCAGGCUUGGAGGAACAAGGGAGGAGGCACUGCACUCUGCAGUGAGAAGUGGAGGGAAGAGGGAGCAGCAGGAACUGCCUGCCUCGUUAAUUCCCACUACCCUUCUGCAGUUUCCCAUUCUGGGUGCAGUGCAGCCCCGGGGGAAGCUGCCUCUGGAUAGAGGUCACCGUCUUAUGCAAACCCCAGAUGUAGACGUGGAGUAGGGGGAGGAGAUGCUGACUGCCUGAAUGUGCUUCAGACGGAGGGCAAAGCAGAGCCAGAAAAAGUAGAGAUGUUGAGAGCUCAAGGGACAGGGCAGCAGCCUCAGCAGCAUCAUCAGAAGUGGAGGAGUGAAGGGAGAAGAAAGGAGCAGGGAGGAGGGACCGAGAAGUGAGAGUCACGUGGCCCUGGGGAGUCUCUCUUUCUCUCUCUCUCUCUCUCUCUGUAGCAGCAUCUGCACAACAUCCUUAAUUCCCCUCCACACUCAAGCACCCCCACCCAUUCCUCACCAAACAAUACGCAAGCAUCAUGAGCUUCCUAAACGACUCCUGCUGCUGUUAUCCUUGCUCUGAGACUCGUUAGAAGAUUCCCAGCUCAAACUGUCCCUGACAGAUGGGAGGAGCCAGCACCAUUGAGGAGGCAGCGGACUUUACGACAACCUCUUUGGUGGGGCAGAGGUGGCAAUAUGGGGGUGGGGCCAGAGGUGAAUGUGAGGACCCCGCAGUUUGGAGAGUGAGGCUGGAGAAUCUGACAAUCUUGAGACGUGGACGUCCCUGAGCCUCCAACCCUGCCCCCCAACUACGCACACACAACUCUCAGCAUCCCAGCAAUCUCCCCUCUCCAGUUGAUAAGACACUAGAAAGGUUUCCCCAGGAACAGCACUUUCCCUCCUCUCUGAAAUCUUUCACCAUCGGUUUAUUAGGUUGGGACGUGGGGGUCAGGUGCUAGAGCCUCUCACUUGAGUCGCCCACUCUGCAAUGCAGAAAAGGGUGGAAGCAGCAUUGCUGCACAGAGAAAUCUUCUCUGGGAAGCCCCCUGAGGCAGUGAGGAACAGAUGGCGUGUGUCUGGAGCAGGCGAUGCUGCUGCCCGAGUCCCAAAGUCUCCAGAGCAGCAUUGUUCAAUAGAAAUAGAAUGUGAGUCAUAUAUGUAAUUUCAAAUUUUCCAGUAUCACAUUAAAAAAGCAAAAAGAAACAGAUACAAUUAAUAUCAAUACUAUAUUUUAUUUAACCCAAUGUACUCAAACUACUAUUUCAACGUUAUCAAUAUAAAAAUUAGUAAUAAAAUAUUUUACAUUACUUUUUCAUAAUAGGUCUUUGAAAUCCAGUAUAUAUUCUACACUUACAGCACAUUCCAAUUUGAUCACUAAAUUUUCACCAGAAAUAUCUGAUCUGUAUUUAGGUUUCACAAAAUUCACUGUUGAAAAAGUCAAUUCACACAUCCAAGUUGUUCCAAACACAUUAAAAGUUUUCCAAUAACUAAAUCAAGUAUCAGUCUUAACAUUUAAAUUAAUCAAAAUUAAAGAAAUUUAAAAUUUCAUUCCUAAGUCACACUAGCCAUGUUUCAAGUGCUCAGUAGCCACAUGUGGCCAGGGGCUACUGUACUGAACAGCACAGCUCCAGACACUACAACUCUGGGCAUAGACUAGGGCUUCCUUGGCAGCGGUGGGCAAAGUAUCCCUCAAGAAGCACAUUCAACUUAGGGGAAAUGUCUGUGGAGCUAUCCCCCACUACCACGCCUUAUUCUCCUUACACAGCUUUUCCAGAAUACCUCCAAGGAACGAAGCCUGUUCAUAUAACCAGGCUAUCGGGCGGAGCAUUUCCACAGCUUGCCCCGUCAUCAGCAAGCUGGCCCCUCAUCUUACCUGUCUGGGAAGGCUGUCCUUAGCUCAGGUGCGACUGUACAGGCUGGUGAAUGUGUGUGUCAAGUGUGUGAAUGCAACCAGGGACACAUGUGGGUGGUAUGUGUACAUGUGCAGGGAUGUUAUGGUCCACAUUGUGGGGGCAAUCCAACAGAGGCUCUCCACAAGGUGAGACAGUAGUAGAGAGACAAGAUAAAUUUAUUGAGGGCCUAUUCUAUGUCAGUGACUAUAUAUAUGUUUUCUUAUUUAAUCCUCAUUCAACCCUAUAGAUAGGGCAUCUUAGUUGAUGAACUAAAGGUCAAAUAGAUUGAGUAACGUGCUCAAGUACACAGAGCUAGUUAGCAACAGAGCUGAGUUUGAACUCAGGGCUGUCACAAAACCCAAAUGCCUUCCACCAUACUGCCACACUGCCCUAGCCACUGUCUGCUCUUAUAACUCCUUCCCAGGGCCUCUCAUCUGCAGGACCUGAGCUGUGAGAAAGGUAAAGUCAAGGGUCAUCUUCCACCCGACUCACUCUGAACAACUCUUUUAGGGGCACUGGGGUCAGUUGUUGAUCCUCACCUUCCUUCAGCAGCCCUAAUGCACCUGAUGCAGGAAGCUGAGGGUUGGCUGGUUUUUACUCUUUCGCUCAGUCCCCUCCCCCAAGGUCCUUGCUGUCUCUGCCCCAGAGACCAACAGAAAGCAGCAGAAAUUCCAGGAAUCCGAUGGACUGCACUGAAAUGCCUGGCUGCCAGCAACAAAGCCUCUCAUGGUGAAAAAUAGAGGCUUCCGAUUUCUUAGGCCCUUGUCUAGGUUCUCACCUCAACAACCUCUUAGGGUACAGGGAGGCUGCUCAGGAACUUCUCAUAUGGAGGAACAGUCUGAGCUGUUUCAGAUUCGAGGAGAAUUUGACUCUGCCCACCUUCUGCCUACCCUGCUUGACAGAACUCCGUGAGUCCUCUUCCUUCAAACUGCUUUGUAAGGGGAAUUCAGCAGGAAGACUUAGAGCUGGAUGGUAGCGGCCAGGAGGGCUGAGGAGACUGUCUCUCUCCUAGGACACCUGCCACAGUUCAUCACUCUGAUCUAAAGACUGAGGAGUAAUACCAGUGUAAUUUCUGAUACUAACGCACAUGCUCCCAGUUGCUGGUUUCUGGUGAAGAGCCUUGAGUGAUGGAGGAGGAAGGGGAGACUCCUACAAUGGGCAAAGGGAAUGUGCUGUUUUCCAGAAACUCAGAUAGCUGAACACCAUUUGAACGGAUCGUUUGCAUGUGGUCCGAGAAGGGAACUCUGAGAGCAGCCACGGCUCUGGAAUCAGGCUCCUUACCGUCUCUGAGAACGCCUCGGUGCCCAGUCCUCCAGCUGAAGUCUACUUUCCUGCUUUGGUUUACUGAGUGGAAACACUUGCUCAUUGCACUCACCUCCCAUUGAACCCAGACCUUAUGUUAACUAGUUUCACCUACUGCCUCCUGUGUUACCCUGUUCAGAACACCCUUCAAAGAAAGAGAAUGGACUCUUAAGAACUGGAGACAAGAAUAAAGCAAUUACAAUUCACCCAAUCCCAGGCUCUCGUAACUACUGGUUUCAGUCCUAAUUUGGGCUCUUAGAGGUGAAAUGAGACGACAAAUCCCAAAUACACAGGGACUAGAGAUUGAGUUUGGAAUCAUCUCCCCUAAAGUUACCCUUCUACUCCCCAAUCAUCCUACCCAGCCAAUUAGAAGUCAACCUUCCUUUGAAAAAUUUCCAGGAAAAGUAAUUACACCUGCUUUUCACUGCUCUGAUUAGGAAAUUCCUCCUAUGGUUUAAUUUUUAAUCCAUCUUUUUGGACUUCCACUUCAUUUCUCUUUUUUGCCCACUUCCUCCCACUGGAGCUGGAAGAUGAGCCCAUAAAGUAGGCCUGUGCUUUUUGUAGCAACAAUGGACGGACGUUCUUCCUUGGGUCUGAACUACUCUUUUACCUUUUUAGAAGUAAAAAUAGCUAUAGCAAUCAAGGCACUCAAAUACCUAGGAAUAAUCUUAAAAACAAAUGUGUAAAUUCCAUAUGACAAAAACUUUAAAAUGCUACUGAUGGGGCAUUAAUGACUUAAACAUGUAUAUAGGAAGAUUCUAUAUCAUAAAUACAAUUCUGCCUUAGGUAAUCUAAAAAUACGUGAUUCCAAUCAAAAUAAUGUUAACAUUACAAUUGAAAAGUAAAUUGUGGUAUACUCCCUCAAUAUACUAUUACACAGUAAUGAGAAUGAACGGACUAAAACUACACACAACAAGAUGGCUCAAUCUCACAAAAAUAAUGUUUAACAAAAGAAGCCAGACACAAAAGACUACACACUGUGUGAUUCUCUUUACAUAGAAAAUAAAAGGCAAAACUAGUUUCUGCCAUUAGAAGUCAGAAGAGUGGUUACCCUUGAGGGGAGUAGUGCCUGAGAAGGGACACAAGCCAUUCAGGCUUGCUGAUAACGUUCUGUUUCUUGAUCUGGGUGUUGGUUACACAAAUGUGUUCCAUUUUUGAAAAUUUAUCAAGAUGUAUACUUUUCAUUUAUGUACUUUUCUAUAUGUUGUACGUCAAUUUUUUAAAUUGUGGUUUAAAAAACCACAAUGUACAUCAAUUUUUUAAAAAACAGCAUGGUCCUAGAACACAAAUAGAGAUCAAUGGAACGUGAAAAAUCCAGACAUAGAUGCAAAUACAUAUGGCAAUUUGGAUCUUACAAAGGUAGCAUUCAAAAACAAUGGAGAGAAGAUGGAUUAUUCAAUAAGUAGGGUUGGAUAAAACAAACAAAAUCAAGUUGAAUCUCAUGCUUUUACACCAAAAUAAAUUCCAGGUGAAUCAAAUAUUUACAUAUACAAAAAGAAUAAAAGUAUUUAACAAAAACAUAAGAGAAUUUCUUAAUAAUCUUAGGUAGUGGGAGGCUUUUCUCAAAAUGAUAGGAAACCCAGAAGUUAUCAAAGAAAAUGUUGACAAAUUCAACUACAUAAAGAUAAAAAAUACCUGCAUAGCAAAAAAAUCACCAUAACAAUGUAAAAAGACAUAGGACAAACUGAGAAAAAAAGAAAACUAUUUUUAACUUACAUACGAUCAGAGUAAUUAUUAAGAAAAGACCUAACAACCAAUAAAAAUGUGAACAAAGUAUAUGAACAAUUUACAGAAAAAUAAAAAACAAUUGCCACUUAAACAUAUUAAAAGAUAUUCAAUCUUAUAAUUUAAAAAUUACAAUUAAAAUUACGAGACACCAUUUACACUACCAGAUUGUCAAAAAUCAAAAAGUUUGACAACACGGUGGUCCUUUACAUACAUUGCUGAUGAAAGAGCAAAUUGGUAAAACUUCCGUGGAAGGCAAUUUGGCAAUACUAUACUUACCAAAAUUCUUUUCAAACAUUGCUGGUGGAAUUGAAAUGAGAAAAAUCUUUGGGAGGGAGGGAAUUUGCAAAAUUGUAUCCAUCCAAAUGAAAAACCAAUGCACACACUUCUUUGACCUAGCAUUUGCAGUUCUAGGUAUUUAUUAUACAGAUAUACAAGACCCAAAUGAAAUAUACUUGGGUAUCAAUAUGAUGUUAAAGGACUAGUUGGAUAUACCUUAAAUCCCUCAGGUUUACUAAGAAUCUCACUAUUAGGCAGAUAUAUGUUGCUUUGGUAAGAUACCUACAGUAUACAAAAGGAAAGUGUAAAAUGGUAUGUACAAUAUGUUACCAACUGGGUAAAAAUUACAUAUAUAAAUAAAUGUAAUAUGUGCAUGUUGACCAUAGAAUAUCUUGUGAAAAAUUCACAAGAAUCUGGUAAAACUGGUCGCCUCUGAGGGAAAGGAGACUUAAUAAUAACGUUUUACUCCUUUCGAACAUUGUAGAACGUGCAUGUAUUAGUCAUUCAAAACACACAUUUUUUAAAUUAAUACAAAACGAAAAACUGAGGGCCAAAGGCAUCUCCCUAACUGACCAAAGAUACAAUCUUGCGUUCAUUCAAACAACAUU